GUCGGGGGCCGGCUUCCUCCUCAGUGCCGCCUCUGAGGGCCGAGUGGCUCCUUCCCUGGGACGCCGUCCUCCAUGGUGGCGACGUGUCGCUGCGGAGGCGCCGCCGGGAGCGCUAGGCCCAGCCGCCCGGCCUCCGCAGAACUUGAAAACAGUGUUCUACAUAUGUGCUACAGUCCCAAGAUAUUUUCUUAAAAUCUAUGGAACUGAAAGAGAUAUGAGGCCUGCCUUACUGGGACAUUCUUGGAGUUCUUUCAUCAAGUACUUAUCCAGUGGUGACUUUAUGCAAUGGCCUCAAGCCACCAGUCUUCACCAGUGCCUCAAUCGAAGAGCAGCGAUACUUUCUUUAAGAAGGAAGUGGAUUCUGCAAAACGCUUUCGACCAGUGCAGUCGCUGCCAGAUGUGUGUCCCAAGGAACCCACAGGUGAUGCUAGUAGUUUAUGUGACAGCCCAUCUUUAGUUGCUGAUCAACAUAAAUGGACUAUUUAUCAUUCCAAAGUAAAUCUCCCAGCAGCACUAAAUGAUCCUCGGUUAACAAAAAGGGAAUCUGAUUUCUUUACAAAAACAUGGGGACAGGAUUUUGUGGAUGUUGAAAUUGUGCCUUCACUCUACCUCCCACAGUUCAACAAGGAACAUUUUGCAACAUACCAACAGGAAAUUGUCCAGAGAGAGAAGAUUCAUGAAAAAUGCAAGACCAUUUGUCCUCCUAAAGAUACUUUUGACAGGACACUUUUACAUACUCAUGAUAAAUCCAGGACAGAUCUGGAGCAAGUACCUAAGAUUUUUAUGAAACCAGAUUUUGCCUUGGAAGAUCCCUUAACAUUUAAUGCAGUAUUACCCUGGUCUCAUUUUAAUACUGCUGGAGGAAAAGGAAACCGUGAUGCAGCUUCCUCAAAGUUGCUUCAGGAAAAGCUGAGCCACUAUCUUGACAUUGUGGAAGUAAAUAUUGCUCAUCAAAUCUCUCUCCGCUCAGAAGCAUUUUUUCAUGCAAUGACCUCCCAGCAUGAACUACAAGACUACCUCAGGAAAACUUCCCAAGCUGUAAAAAUGCUUCGAGAUAAAAUAGGCCAAAUUGAUAAAGUUAUGUGUGAAGGCUCUCUUAAAGUUUUAAGGCUAUCAUUGACUAAAAGUAAUUGCAUAAAAGCAUAUAAUAAGCUAAAGUUGAUGGCAACAGUGCACCAGACGCAACCUACUGUACAAUUAUUGCUGUCCACUUCUGAGUUUGUUGGCGCAUUGGACUUAAUUGCUACAACCCAGGAAGUACUGCAGCAGGAGCUCCAGGGCAUCCACAGUUUCCGGCAUCUUGGGUCACAACUUUGUGAAUUAGAAAAACUUAUAGACAAAAUGAUGAUUGCAGAGUUUUCUACCUAUGCCCGCAGUGACUUAAAUAGACCUCUGGAGGAGGAAUCUCAAGUUCUAGAAGAGGAAAGGCUUGUGUCACUAGUGUUUGGACUUCUGAAACAAAGGAAGCUGAAUUUCUUUGAAAUAUAUGGCGAUGAAAUUAUUAUAAGUGCAAAGAAUAUAAUUAAGCAGUGUGUGGUUAAUACAGUAUCGCAAAUAGAAGAAAUAGACACAGAAGUGGUGGUUAAACUUGCAGAUCAGAUGAGGAUGAUGAAUUUUCCCCAGUGGUUCGAUCUAUUGAAAGAUGUUUUUUCUAAUUUUAUAAUAUUUCUCAAGAGAAUUAAGGCAACACUAAGUGUCAUAAGAAAUGUGGUUCUCCUGGUUCUAGACAAGAACCAAAGAAGCAAGGAGCUGGGAGAUGCCUCUGCCCCGAAGAACUCUGCAAAGGAGAGUACCAUAGACACUGAAGUAGCUUAUUUGACGCACGAGGGCAUGUUCUUAAGUGAUGCCUUCACUGAAGGGGACUUUGCCACCGCAGCGGAUUCUGUCUCUCAGAGGAUCCUUUCUCCAGACAGUGAACCCAGCAGCAGUGACUCUGUAUCUGAGCCUGAAGGUGCCACUGAUUCCUCAUCUAGCAAGGAGCAGACGUCAUCCAGUACUACACCGGGUGGAAUGGACAUCAUGAUUGGUGAAGAUAUAAAGUUAUCAGAAUUGGAACUGGGUAGAUUAGCAAACAACAUCCAGGAGCUCCUUUACAGUGCCUCAGACAUUUGCCAUGAUCGAGCUGUCAAAUUCCUCAUGUCUAGAGCAAAAGACGGGUUCCUGGAGAAAUUGAAUUCUACAGAGUUUGUUGCUCUUUCACGUCUAAUGGAAACCUUCAUCUUGGAUACAGAACAUAUCUGUGGUAGGAAGAGUAUGUCAUUGCGGGGUGCACUUCAGAGUCAAGCUAACAGAUUUGUAAAUAGAUUCCACGAGGAACGGAAAACUAAACUCAGUCUUCUGCUAGAUAAUGAGCGCUGGAAGCAGGCUGAUGUUCCAGCAGAGUUUCAAGAUCUUGUUGACUCGAUAUCAGAUGGCAAAAUUGCUUUACCUGAGAAAAAAGCAGGAGCUCCUGAGGAAAGAAAGCCAGCUGAGUUCUUGAUUGUUGAUGGUCAAAAAUAUGCUGUAGUAGGGACAGUGUUGUUGUUAAUUAGAAUCAUCCUUGAGUACUGCCAGUGUGUGGAUAACAUCCCGUCAAUAGCUACUGAUAUGCUUACUCGCCUAUCCGAUUUACUGAAGUAUUUCAACUCAAGAAGCUGUCAGCUGGUGCUUGGAGCAGGCGCAUUGCAAGUGGUUGGCCUGAAAACAAUAACUACCAAAAAUUUAGCCCUCUCGUCACGCUGCCUUCAACUCAUAGUGCACUACAUUCCUGUUAUCAGAGCCCAUUUUGAGGCUCGCUUGCAACCCAAACAGUUCAGCAUGUUGAGACAUUUUGACCACAUUACUAAGGAUUAUCAUGAUCACAUAGCAGAAAUUUCAGCAAAGCUUGUGGCCAUAAUGGAUAGUUUAUUUGACAAGCUGCUCUCGAAGUAUGAAGUGAAGGCACCUGUUCCUUCUACGUGCUUCAGGAACAUAUGUAAACAAAUGGCAAAGAUGCAUGAGGCAAUAUAUGACCUUCUUCCCGAGGAACAAACACAGAUGUUAUUUUUACGAAUUAAUGCAAGCUACAAACUUCAUUUGAAGAGGCAGUUGGCCCAUUUAAAUGUAAUCAACGAUGGAGGACCUCAAAAUGGGUUGGUUACAGCAGAUGUAGCAUUUUACACUGGAAACCUCCAAGCUUUGAAAGGGCUUCAAACACUAGACUUAAAUAUGGCAGAAAUCUGGGAACAGAAAAGGUGAUAAUGCAGCAAGAAUUGUCUCUUCUCACGGGAUGCUGGCUUCUUCCUAGAAGAUGAAUAUGUGGGACCUAGAAGAAGAGUCUCUUGAAAUGGGGUGGAAAUUACCUACAGAAUUGACUUUGGGACCGAGUCCUUUCAGGAAGGAAAUUAUCAGAUUCUUGUGCAUUUUUUUCUCAUUUUCUCUGGAACAGGCUCAGGUUUCUUUGGACCAAAUCCAAAAGAAUACAUAGCUGUAACACAGCUGUCGUUAUCUAGAGAGUGCUCUGUAAAUCUUUAUAUUAAAAGGAUGCUUUGCAUUUCCUCUAGUACAGUGGAAUUUUAAUGGUGUCUCACCUUUAUUUAAUGAUGAUGGUACAGUUUGGAAAUUCUUGCUGUUGAAUUCUAUGAAAAUGUUUUCACUAUAAAUACUGUUAAAUUAUUUUUUUACAGAUGUUUCUAUAAAGUCUCGAUUACUUUCACAGCUUCAGAUUUGUUAGGAUGCAUUUGUUCCACAUACUGCCACCAGAGGGCAGUGUUUUAAUUCUCAGAUCUCAAAAGUGCAGCUACAGCGCUUGCCUCUCCACAUAAAGCAUGCCUACAUGAUAGUUUGAAGUAUUUUUAUUAUGGUGAUCUAGGAUUGGUAAUUUUAACUUUUGAACACUUCUUAGAAGAGACCUUUCCAUGGACUAUCAACCUUCCAGUUUCCACAUAACUCUUACCACCAUUCUUUUCCAUCUCCCUAUCUGCUUAGACUUCCUUAAGUGUGUAGACAGAACUGCACUCAUGAGAGCAGCAGCAGUAAAGGUGGUCCAGUUAAUUUAUGGAGGGGAAUUAUGCUAUCUUUCAGGCUGGAGCCUGCCUGUAUUAAGUGAUGAAGUGCCUGUGUAUUUCACCUCACAGCAUUUUUACCUAAACCUGGUGAGUGCCUACUCUCGUGAUGAUGAUGUACAAUACCAUGUUUUGUGUGCCUAUGGUUACUUUAAAACAGGCAUGCAUCUGUUAGUAUUAGCAGAAGUCUUGUCAAUCAAAAAAAUAAAAUUGUAAAACGA